UGUUUCGGCACCAGAAUGGGAUCCACUGCCGCCUGACAUUGCUUGGUCCCUCCCUAUCAUAGAAAGAGGGGGGGGAUGUGCAGGGUUUUGAGGCUGGCUCGGUCGCAUCUUUGGGCGCUGCACAGACGAGAGGGGGGUCGAGAGGACCACGAGGUACCUUGACCACAUAGUUGACCACACUCUUUCACCUUUCAAUCUCGCACUAUCUCGCACUUCUUAGUUGAACAGUGGGGUCUUUUUCACACCCAACUGGGCCGUUCCGACUGGAGACGGAUUUGCUGACAGUUUCAUUUGAAGGGGAAUGUUUUUGUCACCAAAGAUGACCAACCUCCCAGCCUUUCCCUCUCUCCCUUUGUCUUGUCUUUAACAUACCGCAGCGCCUGCAAAAGGUAUGUUGAACCAUUUGUCGCCUUCCUCAUCAUUUGCAAUGGAAUCAUGAUUGGUUUGCAGACCUAUGAUGAACUUUCAGUCUGGGUCGGCUGGACCAGCCUGGAGAUCGUGUUUGCCGCCUUCCUGGUGCUGGAGAUCAUUCUGCGCAUGCACUUGCUGGGCUGUUCCACCUUCUGGUGCGGUGAAGACAAGCUGUGGAAUUUGUUCGACGUGCUCUUGGGGAUCACUGGCAUCACUGAUGUCACGGUGGAGUUGGUGAAUCAACGCCGUAGCGAGAUUCCCACCUCGCUACUCCGCUUUUGUCGCUUGAUACGCCUGGUGCGCAUCGUGAAGGUCUUCCGGCUGAAGUUCAUGAAGGAUUUGCGGCUCAUGGUGAAGGGCCUGGUCGCUGGACUCCGGACACUCUCACUGGCCUUCACCUUGCUUUUGGCAGUGAUCUAUGUGAUCUCUGGCUUCGCGACCUAUACGAUUGGAAGUGAAGACACCAGUUCGGAGGCUAACCCGAUCAACCUGCAGCCAUACUUUCGAAAUCUGCCUGUGUCCAUGUUCACAUCCUUCCGCUGCUUUACCGGUGAAUGUACCAAUGACCUAGGUUUUCCCAUGACUUCCCUCCUGGCGGACCGCUUUGGCAUCGGGUUCGUGGCCGCCUACAUCGCGAGUUACAUGUUGGUGUCCUUGGGCAUCUUCAAUGUCAUUUUGGCCGUGUACGUCGAGAUCACCAUGAAAGCCGCCAAGGAAACCGACGCCACUACUGCAGAGCAAUAUGCGCGGGAGUCCAUCCGUGUGGCACGGACCACUCGUGAGUUGCUGAAGAAGUUUGCUGCAGCGUACCGGAUCUUUCAAGAGCUGGAAGAACAAGAUCAGGUGAGUCGCAUCGAAUUCCGCAGCGCCACAGCCAUCUUCACGGAUGAGGAUGUUCACGACAAGAUCGCCAUUACCAAAGAGCUUUUCUUGUUGGUGAUCCAGGACCGUGACGUGCAGCGUCUCAUGGAUGAGUUGGAUUUGCCACCGGACCGGGCCAAUCUCUUCGAGGUCAUCGACGCGGACGGCAGCGGCACGCUUCACAUCACCGAGCUGGUGCAGGGCUUGCUGAAGAUCCGCGGGGAGAUCAAGAAGAGCGAUGCGGUGGCCGCCUUGUUGGCCACCAAAGCUGUCCAGAGUAUGGUGGCAGAAAUCAAGGAGCUCUACGAGAAGAACUUGGAUGUUCUAAGGUCGACUCUGCAGACUGAACUGAGCUACAUCCGGCGCAUGAACUCCAGAGCACCGGCUUCGGCCUUCCGGGUUGCCAAUCUUUGAGUCGGCGCGGCACACUGUCCCUGGGAGAAGUGCUCCAAGGGUGUUCAUGGACCCAGAAA